AUGGCCGGCCUCGACGCGUUCUUCCGGCCCGUGCCGCUCUUCGGCGCCGCCGCGCUCCUCCGUGUGGCGAUGCUAUACUACGGCCUGUGGCAGGACGCCAACUCCGCCGUCAAGUACACCGAUAUUGACUAUCUGGUCUUCACCGAUGCCGCUCGCUUCACUGCUCAAGGGCGCUCACCCUACGAUCGCGAAACUUACCGCUACACGCCACUUUUGGCCUGGAUGCUUGUGCCUACGGCGUGGCAAGGAUGGUUCUCAUUCGGCAAGGUCGUUUUCGCGGUCGCUGACUUGCUGGCCGGGUUCUUGAUCGUGCGCAUUCUCGAGAGACGUGGCGUGGAGAUGGGGAGAGCACUGAAGUUUGCCAGUAUCUGGCUGCUGAACCCCAUGGUCGCAACGAUCAGCACCCGUGGGAGCUCGGAGGGACUCCUGGGUGUGUUGGUCAUGGCGCUGCUUUGGGCUGUGCUCGAAAGACGGAUAACGCUGGCUGGGCUGUUGCUUGGCUUCGGAGUCCACUUCAAGAUCUAUCCAUUCAUCUAUGCGCCAGCAAUUGUGUGGUGGAUGGAUGAGGAGAUGCUCGGCCGAAAGGGGGCAGAUCCCGCCCAGACGCAGACUAUUGGCGAAGCCUUGGUCAAGUUUGUCAAUGCUGAGAGAGUCAAGUUGGCCGCCGUCAGUCUCGCGACCUUCAUGGGACUCAACAUUGCCAUGUAUUCUAUCUAUGGCACGCCAUUCUUGGUGCACACCUACUUCCACCACGUCACCAGGAUCGACCACAGGCACAACUUCAGCCCUUACAACGUGCUAUUGUAUUUGACGUCCGCUUUCCCGUCCACAGCUACCAUCCGCAUUGAAUCUAUCGCCUUUCUCCCACAGAUCCUGCUGUCAACAGUGCUCAUUCCGGUCAUCUUAGCAAAGAGGGACCUUGCAACUUCGAUGAUGGCUCAGACCUUUGCUUUCGUGACCUUCAACAAAGUCUGUACAAGCCAGUAUUUCUUGUGGUACAUGGUCUUCCUGCCCAUUUACCUCCCCGGCUCAACGUUUCUCAAGAACCCGAAGCUCGGGGCGACUGCUUUGGGCCUGUGGAUUGUGUCCCAGGCUGCUUGGUUACAGCAGGGCUUCAAUCUAGAGUUCUUGGGCAUUAGCACCUUCUUCCCAGGCUUAUUCGCGUCAUCCGUAGGAUUCUUUCUCGUUAACUGUUGGAUCCUGGGCAUCAUGGUCAGCGAUGGCGAUUCAACAGCCUUGGUGACAGGCGUCAAAGCCAAGCAAUAA